AAAAAGCGAGCAUCUACGCACCAGGGUGAAAGACCGAGCAAUGGAAGGACUGGAACUUCUGAAAGUAGUGAACGGACGCUAUCAGACGCUACGAGAGGCACUGGUUGGGCCGGAAAAACGAAGCAAACGAGGCCUGGUUGAUGCUGGAGGUACGGUGCUACAGUGGCUAUUUGGAGUGGCCACCGGACGCGAUUUGGAAGGACUGAACGGACAGUUACAGGCCCUGGGACGGGAGACGACAGGAAUCAUCCACGCCGUGGCGCAACAAGCAACUCUCGUGAACGAGACCUGGCGGGAGCUAGGUGAACACGUCCUCGUCAUGCAACAAUUGAACAAAGCCCACAUGUCCCUGGAGAAAGAAUUCAACUGGUGGAAGGUGAACAUCGUUGAAACUGUGUCCUCCCUGGAACGACAGAUGCUCUUGGAGGCGAGAAUAGACGACGCAUUUCGGACUGCCCAACAGACUAUGGACUGGGUGAGGAUGACGUUGGAGGACGUAAGCGUCGGUCUAGCACUACUGGCAACUGCACGGCCGGGAAUAUUGGGUUACGCUACGCGCCAAUACCCGCAUUUCUAGCCGUUGGAAUGGACCGUCAGACUUUUAUGGAGUUAACGGAGUCCGAAGUUCGGGUCUGUCAAGGUCGUUCGGGCUCUGUUUGUCCACCUAGUAAAGCCAUCUACCGCAAGAACUUU